GGCCGGAGCGGAGCUGCGAGACACAGUUGUGCCGCUGGAUUGUAAAAGAGAGAGAGACAGAGAGAGCAGCCCUCCUGAAGCCAUGGACGUCAAGCUGCUGGCACUGAUGAGUCUGCUGGCCGUGGCCACACAGGUUCCCACCUCCACCGCCAAGCCCAUCAGUCUGGUGGAGCGGUGCUGGUGUCGCACCACGCUCAACACCGUUCCUCAGCGCUCCAUCAAGGAGCUCAAGUUUCUCCAUACUCCCAACUGCCCCUUCCAAGUCAUUGCCAAACUGAAGAGCAACAGAGAGGUUUGCAUCAACCCUGAGACCAAGUGGCUGAAGCAGUACUUAAAGAACGCCGUUAACAAGGUGAAAAAAUCCAAAAGACGCAACACCAAGAAGAUCUAGACUCCCGGGAAGGAGCACGGAGUAUACCGCCUCCAAACCCGAAAGCCCCAGGUCAAACCUCUAUACCUCCCCGUCACUGCUUUGGACGUAUGCAAACACGCUGUUACCUACCUGUCCACCUCUGUGGACCGCUUGCAGAAGCAGCACUUCACCUCAAAAUCUGCACUGACCGCACUGCCAUCAUUCCCUCUCCCCCCCUCCCCUGACUAGGCGAGGAGUCAUCUUCAGAAAUCUUGACAAAGCUCCAUAUGCAAUGAAACUUUGGAACAACGGGAAGCAAACCACCAUCAGAUUUAAGAGUGCUGCGAGAGCCUCAGAAAACUGAACUAACUCUGCUUCUGUGCCUCUAUAUAUAAGGGGCUUUUACACCCCUGUAAAGGAAAACCUCAAGCUUUUUGGCUCAUUCGAAGCUUUUUGACAUUAUCAUUAGUUUAAUUUAUAAGGACCUCUUGACUGAGUUGAACCUGAAUAGAGGCUCCAAGAGGACGUUGAUGCACUGAUAAAUCAGUCGUGCUUUGGUAAAAUGAAGAAGCGAUUCAUUUGCGAACACCAAAGGGAACUCUUUCAAGUCAACAUGACAUCAUUUUCUAUUAAAUACAUCAUGCUUUGAAUUACCUGCAGAGCAAAGAUUGCCCAGUUUCCAUCUCCUCCCUCUUCUUGUGUCAUGAAAAAUCACCUGCAUGUUCGCCAUCACCACCUCUUGCAGAACGUUCGCUCUCUGGCCUCCGUCUUUUUCUCUUUCUACGUGGGAUGUGGCUUUUCCAGACACGACCGCAGAACGUUCCUGUUGACCAGAGGUGAACGUGGCAUCCAGUUUUAUUAUAGAGCUAUUGGGAGAAACACAGGAAACAGCUAGCCUCAGCGGAUUACACUUUUAAGCUCGCUGCAAACUGUGUCGACGCAAGUUCUGUUCUCAAGGUGCUGUAACUUUCAUGAUGAGAGGUCAGAGCCAUUUAUGUGGCUGUAUAUCACUUGUUUUAUCAUUAUUUCAUGCAUGAGGGAACAUCUACUAACCUCUGGGAGUUAAGAUUGUGUUUUAGGCAUUUGGUGAUGAGGGGACUUUUGUGGAAUGAAGCUGAGGCCACACAAGGAAUAAAUCGUAUUUCUGGCAAUGGAAAACAUGCCCACCUUAAAAUUCAUGGUUCACUCCAUGAUCAUUCUUAGGUUUAGGUUUUUUUUUUUUGUGAAGAGAGUUGUCUAUAUAGAGUGCCGUCCACAUUUAUUGGCACCUCUGUGAAAAAUGUGUGAGUCCUAAAAUACAUUCAUCUUUUGCUGCAGCAGCAUAAUGCCACACUGGAUAAUUUGUUACAUUUGAAUAAAAGUGAAAAGGCUGGAUUCCUACCCAGCUUUUUCAGUUGUUUUAAAAGUACGUAUUUAUUGACUAAACAAUUAGGCAGAUUAUCGAUGCAUUGAACAUGAUGCAUUCUUGUCUUUUCGGUUUUAAAGCUUGGCUACAACAAUUUGACCUCUUUGUCAGGUCAUAUUUAGGGAAACAUUUCACGAAUUACUAUUAAAAAGCUUCUUGACAUUUUAGUUAAACAGAGUCAAAUAUACAAUGAAUUAGGCUUCAGUUGCAUUUGUUAUAAAGCAAGUCUGGUCCCAAUGGACGUUCAUAUCUUUUCAUUAUGAAUAAAUCUAUCCAGUAUAAAGGUAGGAUUUUUGCUAUUUUUAAUCAGUUUGAGAUUAUGCUGCUGCAGUAAAAGAAAAAAAAAGUUAAUUUUAAGGCUUUUUUACACAUUUUCGAGUGCCACGGCGCUGUAUGGUCACAAUUUUAGUGUUUUAUACCAACACCGUUCCUUGAUAGGAAUAAAAAGCUAAUAAAUUGUCAAAAUUAGUUGGGUAAUGAAUGUCACAAAGGGAAUGUUAAGGUUGGCAAAAGGGAAGUUUUUGUUUAUCCACUUUUAUUUUUUACCUAUAUUUGAGCCACUUUAUUAUCAGAUGUGUCUUUAAGUGUGUUUUUUUAUGAUUUUUAUAUGUGUAAUCUUACUAAUUGUUUUAUAAAAUGUAGAACAGGUAAGAGCUACUAAAUGAAGGCAGUUUUUCUUCCAGUAUUAAACUUCUUUACCACACAUAAACAAUAUGUAAUCCUGCAUGUUCUUGCAAAGAAAUACAACACUACCACUGUUUGACAGCUUAAGUUAACUGUAUAUUUCCUUUUUCUCUCAAUGUUGUUACUUUACCAGUUAAAAUGAGAUGUUAACAAGCCAGCGCUGAGUAAAAUCUGUUAACUCUGACAUGAUUGAAAGCUAAAAAGGGCUUUUGUCAUUGCUUUUGACUCCAAAAACCCUUCAGCUCAGCCCUCAAGUCAAACCAAGUGAACAAUUAGAUUUUUUUUUUUCAUUGUUUUACUUUGGAUGAUGUAUGACGUGUCAACAGAGCCAAUGAGCCAAGACAGAACCAAACCUCAGUUUAGAUCUGAGCGACCAGCAUGUGCUUUCAAUCUGGACCCUCCCAGGACACCAAAGCCUUUAUCCCCAGUUUCACUCAAAACUAUUCUUUCAGAUCCAGGUGGUUUUGAUCAUUAUUGCAUGCUCUUCUUCAUCUUUUUUUGUGUUUGUUUGUUUUGUUUUUCACAAAAAACUUAGCUGUUCCUAUCAUUUUCUUGCAAGUUUGCAGCAAAUGGUGCAAUAAUCUUGUAAUUAACUUCUCAUAAAUGUAACAGCUCAUCAACCCAAUGUGACUGAACUGAUUAAAAAGCCACUCCGCUCAUUUCUUAAACUGGGAAA